CGCAAAGGGAUGGAUGGACCAUUGAGUAUGGAACUGCGCGUGCUAAUAUACGCCUAUAUGUUGUACCGUUAUAUAUAUGUGCAAACACAGCCCCAUGAAACGAAAUCAAACAACAUCACUUCCAAAUUCUCAACCUGUUAGAGAGAGAGAGAGAGAGAGAGAGAGAGAGAGAGAGAGAGAGAGAGGAAAAAGAAGAGAGAGAUUAAGAGAAAGAUGGAGAAGGAAAUGAAGCUAUCAAAAUUCAAGAGGAUUUGUGUGUUUUGUGGAAGUAGUCCAGGAAACAAAAGCAGUUAUAAAGAAGCAGCUAUUGAGCUGGGAGAAGAACUGGUUUCAAAGAAUAUUGAUUUGGUAUAUGGAGGAGGGAGUGUUGGACUGAUGGGGCUGAUUUCCCAAGCUGUUUAUGAUGGUGGUAGACAUGUCAUUGGAGUUAUUCCCAAGACACUCAUGCCUAGAGAGAUAACUGGAGACACUGUGGGGGAAGUGAAAGCAGUAGCAGACAUGCACCAAAGGAAGGCAGAGAUGGCAAAGCACUCUGAUGCCUUUAUUGCCUUACCUGGUGGCUAUGGAACUCUUGAAGAGCUUCUUGAAGUGAUAACAUGGGCUCAACUGGGCAUUCAUGACAAACCGGUUGGUUUGCUGAACGUGGAUGGGUACUAUAACUCCUUGUUGUCAUUUAUCGACAAGGCAGUAGAGGAAGGUUUCAUUAGUCCAACAGCACGCCACAUAAUUGUUUCUGCUCCUACUGCCAAGGAGUUAGUGAAGAAAAUGGAGGAAUAUUUUCCACGCCAUGAAAGAGUUGCUUCAAAGCUAAGCUGGGAAAUUGAGCAGUUAGGCUAUCCCCCAAUUUUGUAACAUUUCAAGGUGAGCAUAUUAUUAAGGACAUGGUAGAAAGCUGAAAGCGGAUGGCUUAGCUCUUCAGUGCUGUGCUGAAAGGAAUUAAUUUUAGAUUUUAGAUGACUGAAACCUUCCUGAACUGGGAAUUCCAUUUUUCUGUAUUUCCCUUUCUGUUAGUGUAAAACUCAAAGAAAUAAAACAAAAACUAAUUUGACCUCAACAAGUUAUGUAGCCUUGAUUAA